AUGGACACCACCACCACUUCUUCUUCUUCUUCAUCUUUGUCACCGUCGUCAUCAUCAUCUCAUAUCACCACUCUCCACCCCGACAUCAUUCAAUCCCACAUCCUUAAUCGCCUCGAUGGCCCCACUCUCGCCUCCGCAUCCUCCUCCACCCUCCACCUCCGUCGUCUCUGUACCGACCACCACCUCUGGCAGAACAUCUGCGCCUCCACCUGGCCCUCCCUCAACCACCCACGCACCGCCGCCCUCAUCGCCACCUUCCCCGCCGCCCACCGCUCUGUUUUCUCCGACUCUUUUCCCUCCCUCCACCACUCCGCUCAUCCCCAACCCAACCCAACGCCGAUGCCGCCGGAGUUCGUCUCUGCCGUCGACCUCUACUACAAGGGCAAACCUUUCUUUUCGCGCGUCAUCACAACCGAAACCCACAAGGGCUGGUUCCUCUCCUCCCCGCUCUGGGUGGACCUCCUCGAUGCCAACGAGGUGGUUCCCACUCCCUUGAAAUUCGCGCUGCGCGACGAAGAAUCUUCGUGGCUGGCCCACCUCGAGGAGAACCUCGGGCUGAGCUGGAUCGUCAUCGACCCCAGCCGGAAGCGCGCGGCGAACGUCUCGAGCCGGAGGCCGGUGGCUGCGCGGCGGCACUGGCUGACGGAGGAGCUGGAGGUGCUGUUCGCGGUGGCCAUGGAGACGGUCCAGUGCGUUAUCAAAGUCACGUGCUGCGGGAAGGCCGGGGGCGCGAUGCACGUGAGGGAGGUGAGUCUCGCAAUGGAGGACACGGAGGGGAGGCACGUGAUGGGCAGGGACAGCUUCGUCAUUUUGCAAGACGCCAUGAAGAACGGUGAGAGAAGAAAACCGGACCCCAAAGAAGCCAAAGCAAGGUUCGAGAAAUUCUGCCGCGUGAAGAGAGAGACCAAAGAGAAAAAACUAAGGAGAGACAAUGCAAUGGACAUGGUUGCCAUGUUGGUCGCUUUUACCGUUUUCGUUUUGCUCUUUUGGUUCAUGGUCUUUGGUUUUUGA